GCCUGGUCGACCCCAGCUUCUUGGACUGCUAGUCCUCGCGAGGCUGCAAUAUCUCUUCAGACAUGGGCCCGUGCCGGACGAUGCUCGCCCUCGUGGCGAUGGCUCUCUGCCGGAUAAAGAUGGCGGCGAGCAACGAAAGUUCCAACCUGACAACCCAAACGCCAACAGCCGCAGCUUCCUCUUGUGGUGGAAAUCACACAGAAACAGAAUUUUCUCUGAGGAGUCCAGGUUUCCCCGUCCAAUAUCCGGCAAAAGUGAAAUGCGAUUGGCGGGUUUUCCGGAGAUCCGAAAGCGUUUGCGGGCUGGAAUUCACGUUCCAAACAUUCGAUCUAGAACCCAGCGAUAACUGCACUUACGAUUACUUCCAAGUGGAUCAAACCAAACUUUGUGGAAAAAUAAAUGAUGGAUCCGUUCGUGUCUUCAUGUUUGCAGAGAAUGAGACGUCUCUACGGUUCGUCAGUGACAAUCAAAACUCGAGAUCGGGAUUCGAUAUCCGCGCGCGACAGAUCACGACUUGCAGCCCGGAUGCCGCGCCAGGGUUCUCCUGCAGUCGUACCUAUGACCAAAAAGAAUUUUUCAUCCGGAGCCCCGAUUAUCCGGGCAACUACAGCCACGAUGCCAACUGCACAUACAGAGUGCUCCGGCACAGCAAGCGGGUGUGUGCCAUUAAAGUGACCUUCGCCACGUUCCAUCUGGAAGAGAGUGUGAACUGCAAAAAUGAUUAUUUCAGUGUGGACGACAGAAAAUUUUGUGGAUCUUUGGAAGAUGCUACGACACAAACUUUCCCAUUCCAAACAAACGAAAAGAUCCUCUCCUUCUAUUCGGAUUCCAGCGUUUCAGGUUCAGGUUUUUUUGCGCACGUUCAACAAGAGGAGUGCGAUCCGAGAUCUUUGGCCAGCCCGCAGGAUGAAUGCUCCACGGAAAUCAAGACAGCGGAGUUUGAGCUGAAGAGUCCGGGCUACCCGACAGACGCCUACGCAGACGAUCUGAAUUGCCGCUACCGGGUGAUGAAGUCCUCCCCUCUGGUCUGCGAGCUGAUGAUCACCAUUCUGGAUUUCAAACUGCAGGAGGGGGAGGUGUGCGAGAAUGAUUACUUGCAGAUUGCCGAAGAGAGGUUGUGUGGCACGAUCGAAAGCGGAAUGACUCGAAUGUAUUCCUUCGGUGACCUGGACGAGAUUUUGAUGAACUUCGAUACUGACGGUUCGGUGGGGGACAAAGGCUUUCAUAUCUCGGGUUUCCAGCGGGAGUGCAAUUUUUCCCUCAAUGCAACCGAGAAGGGGCGCAAAGCUCAGAAUGCAUGGGACUGCGACAGGACCAUCAUGGGCUCAGAAGAUUCGAUUCGGAGUCCGGGCUUCCCAGAUGUUUACCCGCCCAACGUGGACUGCAGGUGGAUGGUGCUGAGGGCCGAUCCACGCUACUGCGAGUUGGAGAUCACCAUCAACAAUUUGCACAUUCAGGUGGGGGAGAGCUGCCAGUUUGACUAUUUGGAGGUAGACGGCCACCGCUUCUGUGGAAGCACUACAGCUGGAAAUAAGCGUAUCUUUUCAUUCAAAACAGAGCAAAUCGUGAUACAUUUCCAUUCUGACGGAAGUGUCAAUGACCGGGGUUUUGAGGUGACUUUAAAACAAAGGGAUUGUCCAACAACAACAACAACAACCUUAGCUCCAGCAGCAUCCUGCGAUCAAGUGUUCGACAGCAAGCAUUUUAUCCUGGUCAGUCCCAAUCAUCCACGAGAUUAUGACAAUGGUGUCGACUGCAGGUAUGUGAUUCGACGCAGUUCCGAAGAUGUGUGCCGAUUGGAGAUGCAGUUUCUGCGCUUCGAUGUAGAAUCCAGCAGCGAUUGCGAAUAUGACUACUUGUCUAUCAAUGGCGAGAAGAUAUGCGGACUCAUCGAAAAUACAACCCGUACCUAUUUGUUCCAAGACUAUGAGAAGACUUUGACAUUCCACUCCGACUCCGGCACUUCUCGUCCAGGGUUCAUGAUAAGGGUUCAACAAGUCGAUUGCUCUGUUGCAACCACAGAACCACCCUUACCUCCCUCCAAGCCCUGUGAUCAACAUUUCUCAACAUCGACAUUCGAAGUCCGCAGCGACAACCACCCGGACAAUUAUGAUCCACACCUUCGCUGUACGUACACUGUAUCACGGGCGCAUCCAGGUGUGUGCGCUCUGGAACUGACCUUCUUGACGUUCGAUGUGGAGGCGAGUGAUGGAUGUCAGUACGAUUACCUGAAGGUACAGGAAGAGAAACUGUGUGGGAUCUACCCAUCUAACCUCAAGAGAAUCAUCCCAUUUGAAGAUUCUGAAGUGACUCUAGAGUUCCAUUCGGAUGGCGCAACUUCACGGCCCGGUUUUCAUAUUCGAGGACAGCAAAUGGACUGUGCACCACUCACGGACCAAGUCACGCUGCCAGCUGUUGCAGGCGGCUGCGAUCUCACAUUCAAUAAUGGCAGUGGCACAAUUCAGAGCCCAGGAUUCCCAGAGCCUUAUCCAAGUUCACGUAGGUGCGUCUACAGAUUCAUGGCACUACCCGAACAUUGCCGCAUCACUUUCCAAUUUCUGGAAUUCGCCUUACACGCUGAGAAUGCCCUCUGUGAGAGAGAUUUCCUGCGCAUCAAUGGAAUCAAGUACUGUGGACCACAGCUGUUGGGACAGAAAAGAACUGUUACAUUUUACGGCUAUCCCCGGGAGGUGAAUGUGACGUUCGAAAGUGAUGAUCAGCUGUCAGACAAAGGAUUUUACGCCGUCUACAGGCAGCUGCCGUGCUCACCUGCUCUCGGAAGAUCUCCAUCUCAACGCACCGACUCUAAACCUCGUAGUUGUGACCGUCUCUAUGCAUCUCUGGCUUUUAGCAUUUUGAGUCCUGACCACCCGGAAAACUACCCCGCUGACGUGAACUGCCGCUACACCAUCCGGAGACUGGGGCCCAAAAUCUGCAAGCUGAAACUCUCCUUCCGACAGUUUGACGUCGAAUCGAGUGAAGGUUGCGAAUAUGAUUAUCUAGAAGUGGACGGAACGAAAAUCUGCGGAACCUUGCCUCCCAACGAGAUACGUAUGGUCGAAUUCAAAGACUAUCAGACAAUUUUCACCUUCCAUUCGGACUCGGCCAAUUCAAAGUCCGGAUUUGUCAUCAAAGUGGAACAAGAAGAAUGCCAAGAUACACCACCACCGCUACCACCGAAACCACCGAAGGUUCAACCGCCAAAAUUCGAGCCUCAUCACCAUUUCGAACCUCCAGUCGCAGAACCUCCCCUUAUCGAAGAACCUUACAUCUAUCCACAACCACAUUUCGAAUAUGAGCAUCUGGUUGAUUAUCCAAUAUACGAAGCAUCAUCUCUGCAACGAAAUUUACAGAUGGCGACUCAGAACUGCGAUCGGACGUUUAAGAGACCAGAAUUUGAGAUCCGCAGCGUGAACUUUCCCCUUCCUUACCCCAACGGCCUCAACUGCCGAUACCUGGUCCAGAAGGCAUCAGAGGACAUCUGUUGGGUGAAGCUGGUCUUCCUCAGGUUCGACCUGGAGCCCAGCGACGACUGUCACUUCGACUACCUGAGCAUCAACGGCAAACGGAUUUGUGGUACAUUGCAGGACGAUGAAAUUAGGGCCUAUCUCUUCAAUUCUGACGAAAUAUCCAUGUACUUCCGAUCAGACGGGGCAAACGCUCACAGAGGAUUCUUAAUAAGAGGAGAACAACUGAAAUGCAAAACGAAGGAAGCGCCGCCUACAGCGAUUAAAGUUCCUUCCUCGUGUGACAGAAUGUACGAUCGGGAUUUGUUCGUCCUUCAAAGUCCGAAUUUUCCUGACCCGUAUCCUCCCGAGACGGACUGCACGUUCACCAUCAAGAAAGCGAAUCGCUACAUCUGCGGUCUUCAGCUCACAAUGCUCGCGUUCGAUGUGGAAAACGAAGCCUCUUGCUCGAGAGACUCUCUGCAAAUCGAAGGAGACAAGCUCUGCGGCCCUAUACCCACCAGAACCAUCAGAAACGUACCCUUCGCUGGCGAAACUGUAAUCAUGAAAUUCAAAUCUGAUGUCAAAAAUGAAAGGCCCGGAUUUUCCAUUCUGGUGCAGCAGUUGGAAGACUGUGAAGACAUAAGAAGAUCAGCUUCUUCGGCAGGUGAUUGUUCCCAUGAAUACUCGGCCGAAACCUUCCUGCUCCAGAGUCCCCGCUUCCCGGAGGAGUAUCUGGCCGAUUCCUCUUGCGAGUACCGGAUCCGACGUCACUCUCCGUCCCACUGCAGGCUCGAACUCAGAAUCCUGAGCUUCGAUGUGGAAGAAGGGACGGACGGACGAUGCGAUGCAGACUGCCUGGAACUGCCCGCGGGUUACACGCUUUGUGGACAGUUGCCCAAAGAUCACACAGAGAACUUGUACUUCACAGGAAAAGACAUAGUUUUAAAAUUCCGUUCCGAUUCCACAACCCAAAGACCAGGAUUUUCGAUACAAGUUCGUCAAGCCAUGGACUGUGGUUCAACUACACCAGUGGCAACACCAGAAGCUCCAAAGUGUGGUGGUGUCUAUGACAGUGAAGAAUUUUCUUUGAAAAGUCCCGGCUUUCCAAAUGACUAUCCUAACAAUUCACAAUGUGAAUACUUGGUGAAGAAAAUAUCCCCAGACAUUUGUGGGCUGGAGUUGAAAUUUGCCCAUUUUGAUGUCGAAAAGGGGCCCGAUUGUAGUUACGAUUAUUUGGAUAUUGGACACAAGACGAUUUGCGGACAACUGCCUGCUGGAUUUACUCGGAUGAUUCCUUUCGAAAAUCUGGAAAUGAAAUUCACCUUCCAUUCCGACAAGGGAACUUCCAGAAGUGGGUUUGCAAUCAAGAUUCGGCAACGUUCGGAUUGUGGAACCACCUGGAAGCCAGUCACUCCUCCGACCCGCAUGUGCGACCACUGCCUGAAGGAGAAUCGUGGCCACCUCAUCAGUCCGGACUACCCUAUGAACUAUCCGAGCGGACUGAAGUGCACCUACCACCUCCAGCGAGCCAAGACGUAUUGCGGGCUGGAGAUCUUCUUCCACGACUUCCAACUGCAGGAGACACCCUCCUGUUCUGGGGAUGCCCUCAUCGUGGAAGGAGAGGAGGAAGAGAGGCUGUGUGGAAGUGUCCUGAAGGGAAAAAUAAGGAAAAUUGAUUUUCCGAUUGGAGAUGAAAAUGAAAUUACACUACGUUUCGAAACCGAUGAUCAGGGUUCAGCUCCGGGUUUCCAUGCGGAAUACCGACAGAUUCCAUGCAGAGGCUAUCCAUGGCGGCAGGGGCGUUCGCAAUGGACUCCUUCCAAUGGUUCUGACUGGAAUAGAAGUAACUAGACCCGGUUCCAAGUGUCUACAGAAAACGAAUUCGUGAACAAAUUCUACAUUUUACAGUACUGUUCACCAAGUGGUUAAAGAACUAUCGAGCUUUGAUUCACUUGGUAAAAAAAAACAAUACAGCAAAAUGCAUCGGUUUGAUUGAUAAUCAUACUGUCUUCUGAAUGGGAAGAAAAUAGAGGCAUGGUUUUGCUAGAGUGGCUUAAUGCAUGAAAUUCAUCUAUCAUUGAAGGAAAUAUAAUCAAACACAGGACGAACAAAAGUACAUUUUAUGUAGCAUUCAUCCGUCCCUUUAAAA